GUCCCCGGGCUGGGCGCGGCUGAGGCAGCUCGGGGGGCUGCUGGGGUGAGGCUCUUUAACCGGUUUUCUGCUUAAACGCCGUGAAAUACACGUCAUGUAGAAAUCACGCGUGUCUUCCAGGAAAAUUGGGGUGUCUAAGGGUCAUGCGCCAUGGGUGAACCGAUAUCCGAAUCCGAGUUUGCAGCCUUGGCUUUUUAUGCUGGUGACAAAUCGUGCUGUGAAUUGGGUCAUGGAGUAUUUGUACAACGUUCUCCACAUAAACCUAAAACAGAUGUUGAUCCCUGUGAAGUGUGGUGCAGUCAGCCGGUUGACAUAUUAAGAGAAUAUUGCAACGUUAUUAAAAUACGCAUCUUUUGGCCUCUUCUCUUCAAAAGUGAAAGUAAUUCUUUGGUAGCUGAUUGGAGCAGUUCACAGAUUUUAGACCGGAAUUGGAAGAGACUCUGUGAUCUAGAGGUUUUGGAAGACCUUGUUGAUUUGAUUAAAAAAGUUGUUAACGUUCCACCUUUUAUUGGGGGCAUACUGAGAAUUGGCAGCAGGAUAGAAAAUGGUGUCUUUGAUGUUGGGGAUGCACUUGAUUGGGUCAGAUAUACAGGCGAUGUUGGUAUUCUGCAGAAGUUGGAGAAACUUGGUGAUUUUGGUUGGAUCUAUCUUGAAAUUUUCUUUGCAGAAUGCAAACGUUAUAUAACAAAAGUUGCCUGGGAAGAUUGUAAUUUAGUUGAAGAAUUUAAAGCUGUGACCUGUGAAAACUGUAGGAAGAACAGUGAAUCUAUGAAACAGAAAGGAAACGAGGAGUUUUCCCAAGGAAAUUUUGAUUGUGCUAUAAUGUCGUAUACUAAAGCCAUAGAGUUUUGUCCUGCAAACCAUCUUCUGUAUGGAAACCGAGCUCUUUGUUUAAUUCUCACAAGACAGUACAAGAGAGCCCUUGCUGAUGGAAAAAGGGCCACUAUUUUGAAGCCUAAUUGGCCAAAGGGUCACUACCACUUCUGUAAGGCACUGUCGUUACUGGGGGAGCAUGAACUGGCUUUGGAAGCUAAUGAGAGAGCUCAGGAACUCUGCAAGAAUAUUCUUGAUGGACUUAAGGACCUUAUUCAGCAAAAUGACAAAUUAAAGAAGACAUUAGAAGAAAUCAAUGGUACUAAAGAAUAUAAGCAGAAACCAAAGAAAUUGCUUCAUGAGAAAAAAGACUGCAAUUCUUCAGAAUCUCAUUUAAUCAUUUCUCAAGAACAAAAAGAAAUAGAAAAAGACAGAAAGAGAACACAGUCUGAUCCUAAAGAUCACCACUGCCAUCAAAAACAUGAUACCACAGUCACCAACAUCCCAAGAACAGAAAGCAAAGAGUGGUCUCUGGAGUUUCCACCAAGCCAAAGUCACCAAAACAAAGGAAGGCCAAAGAACAAACCUGGUGAUUCUGAAAAGACGAAAGAUCACCUUGAUUUGAAGAUAGAGUCUAAAAGCAUCCAAGAUAAACUCUUCUGUACUGUACAACAGGUGGAUUCAGCUAUGUUGCUAGAAGAGGUUAAAUCCCUUGUUCGUGAUGGUUAUACAGCCUUGAUGGACCAGCGGUGUUGCAGUGCUGAACAAGCCUUUUCACAAUUGUUGAGCAUUCUAAAUCCUUCAGAAUUAAAGCAAUUGAAUCUUCGUAUUAUUAAUUACGUUGUAAUCAUCUAUGGACAUGCCACUGCUCUCCUUGGAAUAGGACAGCCGGAGGCACUGACAAAGGCCGAAUUCCAGUUUAACAAAAUAAUUGAACAGUACCAAGAAGAAAGAUUUGAUUGUCUGGCAUAUUACGGAAUUGGAAAAGUAUACCUCAGGCAAAACAGAUUCUCAGAUGCGCUUGAUCAGUUUAUGAAGUCACAAACAAUGGUCAGUCAUAAGAUUGUACCUGGAGUAUUAACUUGGCCCACAACAUCUCAGGUCAUUGAAGAAACGCGAAAAGAGAAUUUACAGUUGAUCUUAAAGAACUGUAUUGAGGAAUGCAAGUUCCCUCCAGAACCAGAUGCAGUUUGUCGCUAUCAGCAAUGCCACGGCCACUCCAAAAUCCACAUAUUUUUUACAGAUCCAGACUUUAAGGGUUUUAUACGUAUUACCUGCUGUCAGCAAUGUAGAGUGGAGUUUCAUAUCAGCUGUUGGAAAAAGUUGAAAACUACAAACUACAGUGAUAAAAAUGAUAAGGAUUUUCUUCAAGAAUUAUGUUUCACUCCUGACUGUACGGGCCUUAUUUCAAAAAUAGUUAUUUUCAAUUCUUCUGGUUUGGUAAAAUGCGAAUUUGAACAAAAAAUCACAAAACCCAAGGAACCACCAAGAGCCAAUAUUAAACAGAAAUGCUCAAGUUUUAGGAAGCUAAAAAUGAAACAAGAAAAAAAAAUACGAAGAAAAUGUGCACGGAAAGAUGCACUGAAUGCUGCUAAACAGAAAAUAGAAGAAAACCAGAUGGAAAAUGAACCAUCUCAAUAUCGUGAUCACAGUGGUUAUGCAGGUUAUGAUCAAGGCUUAUAUACUGGUGAUAGAGUCCUGCAGCGUAUCAUUCAAAAUGCUGAGCAAAUAAAAACUGCUGUUCGCGAUGCUUCCAGACUGUUAAAGGAAUUGCUUUCCUGGUCUGUAAUCAAUGAGGAGGAUUACACAUCAUAUUGCAAAACUAGCAGCAUGUCACAUGCAGUGAUGGAGCAGCUCAUCAGUUAUUUAAUUCAGGAAAAAAGCAGAGUGAAAACAAGGGGGUUUAUCCAUGUGUUGAGUGAGCUGGAAGAAGUGGAUCCCAAGUUACAGAAGUGGAUGAAACACCUUAACAACUUGGGGUUGACAGCUACAGAGAACUUUUUCCUUCAAUAUGGAAAAUUUUUAAAAGAACUUGAUCUUUCUAUUUUAACAACGCUCUGGAAUGAGAAGUAUGGUAGUAAAUUUGAUUACGUGUCAACGAGUUCUGAAGACAAAGAAGUUCUUGACUAUUUCUCAAAACCGCCUCUAGAAAAAGCUCGUUGUUUUAUAUGGCUGUUAGAACUCAAUAGAGAAAAUUUUCCAACUCUUCAUCAAGCUUUAGAUGAAUUCUUUGAUAAAAUGGAUGACCCUACCAUCAUAUUAAAGAAGCAGGGAGAUGAAGAUAUAUUGACUAACAAUAUCAAAGUUAAAAACAAAAACAGAAAGAAGAACUCUAGAGACUCAAAGUCUAUUUUAGUAUUAUCCAGUGGAGUUAGUACAGCACCAAUAGAGGAAGAAAAGAUAUUUAUAGAAGAAAAUACAUUAGAUUUUGCAUAUUUUUAUGAACCAUGUAUAAUCCCAGAAUAUCUUCGGGGACAACGAGAGGAAUUUGAAGCUGUAUAUGACAUUUCAAAUAGUAACAGCUAUCGAAGACUUCUGGAUGAUAAUCCAGAUCAAACCUGUGAAAGUUUAUAUGACUAUUUCUCUCAAAUAUUGGAAGAACAUGGUCCUAUGGAAAUUAAUAAUAAAUUGCUAACUGGGGAGUAUGAACAUUUCCCUGAAGAAGCUCGAAAGAUUGUAGAAGAUGAAGGUGGUCUGAAAUCUUUUCUUCUGAAAUCCCAUCGUUUCGUUAUGGUGGAUAAUGUUAUUAGCUUAAUAAAGCAUGAAGUUCUUAUAAAAGAAAAUAUAAACAGAAAUGAGACUGAAGAUAAUGAAGAAGAAAAUUAUAUUGUCUGUGAUGUGCAAGAAAAUCCUUUCCAGAACAAGCUACAGCUAAAUCCAGCUGCUAAGGAAUUCAAACCCCUGUUUUAUCCUGAGCAACCUCAUAUAUCAACAUCUCCUGACAUAACAGUAGCAAGCUAUGACACUCCACAGUAUUUGCCCUGUUCUUUACCCACUUCAUAUCAAUCAGUACUUAGUCAGAAUAUUGCUACCGUAGAAAAUAGGUCGUCUUUUUCUGAAGUUUUAUUAGAAUGCUUUGAUUCUGAAAAUCUCGAUAUGUUCUUGCCUCAGCCUUCCUGGGGUUAUCGAUGUGAAAGAAUAUCACCAAUGACUUCUCAAAUGCCUCUCAUUUCAAAUGUUGCCAAGCAACCUAGUUAUAUUUAUGCUGACCAUGUAGCUCAUUGGGAUAAUGACGAAUCAGCUAUUUCAGACAGAAAAUGUGUCUGCAGCAGUUUAACAGCAACCGAAACACAACCAUACAAAGACCCUCAGUGCCUGUUGGUGAACUCGGAUACCUCAUUUUAUGAGGACAGUUUUGCUGUUGCAAAUAGCACAAAUGAAGCUGAAUGUUGUAUACAGGUGACUAAGAAGGAAAAAGUAAGCAGAAGUAUACCUGUAAUGAAAAACAAUCCUCAUACAAGGAUGAUAGCUGUUCAGGUGAAUCAUGAAGUAGCUGAUAGGGAAACUAAUACCUUGCCUUUUCAUCCAUUUGAAAUGCAACAAGGAGAUAUUCUACGUAUGGAAAAAGAGCAUCAAGUAUUAAAAGAACAACUUAAAGAAGCACAGGAAAAAUAUGAACAGUUACAAAGCCGAAGCUCAGAAGAAAUCAGUGUUUUAAAAGAGCUGAUAAAAAAAAGUGUUGAAGAGACAGAGGUAUCAAAGAAUGAACUAGAGUGGCUUAAUCAAGAUUUAGAAAUAAAAGUAAAAAAAUGGCAACAGGAGAAAAAAGAAAAUCAAGAGAACUUAAAAGCAGUAAGGAACACCGUCAAAAAGCAUGUGGAUACUAAUGAUAGGUAUUCAAAGACCAUUGAUGAGAAGGAGAAGCAGUAUAACAUAUAUUUCAAUACAUGUCUUGAGACCAGCAAUAAACUUGCUAAUGAGAAGGUAAAAUUGGAAGAACUUAUAAAAAAGAGUCAAGAUGACUACCAGGAACAUAUGAAAAGAGCUGUUAAAGCAGAGAUAUCAGUACUCAAAAACUGGAAAAAAACUGAAGUAUACAAGCUAAAUGCCAUAGCUGCCAAUGCAGACAGAAAUCUCAAGAUGCUGAAGUCAUUAAGCAGCAGCUCGGCUUCAGCACUUCCUGAGUCGAAGUCACAGAUCGAUUCUUGGGAAAUAUUUAUUUCAAAUAUAAAGAAACAAAUGGAAAAAGUAGAGGUUGGGUAUGAAGAAAAAAUUCAGAUGGUGAAAAACGGUGUACGAAAUUGCCUCACCAAAAUAGAAGCUGUGGAUCUUUCAUCUCCUCCUAGUGUCCUAAGAAAACAAAGCAGACUGGCUAUCAGUGAUCCAGCUGUUGUCAUGUAUUCCUCUGCAUCUGCACAACCUAACUUACUUCCAGCAUUUUCAAGUUCUGAAGAUCAACGUCCAACAACUGCUUUGUUUAAUACACAGGCUGGUGUGAAGCUAGCACACGCAAAUUCUAAGUCUCAUUCUGCAAGUGAUGGAGCAGUGAAAAAACAUUCCAAACCUCUGGAAGGAUCGUAUGCCGAUAAAGUUUCAUUAACUUGUCCAUCAAGGAUUUCUGGAAGUAAUACUCAGAAUAUCCAACCAAACCAAUCCCACCACGAUGAUUCAGCUAUACAUAUGAGGCCCCCUGGAAUUCCAAACAACGCAUUGCCUCCAGAAACAUUUGAAAAUAUUAUUGCACAUCUACAAACUAUAUUUCCAGGCUACAGCAGUUCAACCUUUGCCAAGUUCAUAAAAGAUGUACAGAGAAGAAAUGGGAAUACAUUGUUAAGCUUGAGCUCCACUGAAAUUCUAAGAAGAGUGACAGAUCUCAUUCUGGACCAGCAAAAUAAGGCAUCAGCUUCAGCAGGGAGACCUGUGAAGUCGGUAUCCUCUGCUUCACCAGGACAGACUGGGACUCGGAGUCAGGAAGUAUCUGCAGAAGAAAAUGUACCCAGCCCACCCAAGGCAAGACCUGUGCACAAAAAUGCCUCGAGUCAAAAUACAUAUCCAGCUCAGCCAAAUCUCCAGCCAUGGGGAAAUGUUGGAGCAAUGCCUAAAUCUAAGUGGAAAAAAAUAGACUCUACAGCCUCCAGUGAUGAUCCUUGCACCAUAUGUCAUGAUGAGCUAAGCAGAGACUCAUGUGAACUGGAAUGUGGGCAUCAUUUUCACAGAGAGUGCAUUAGAAAAUGGCUAAAGGAACAUUCGAGUACCUGCCCUAUCUGCCGCAAUCAUGUUCUGUUACCUGAAGACUUUCCUGAGCUUCCUGCAAGAAAAAAAUAUGCCUAAAUCUUGUUUUAUUUAACCUGUAAUAAGAUGUAAAGUGGCUGCAGACAAAUAACCGUCAUGACAUGACAAGGAAUGGAAACAUGAUGCCUAGGAAGAGGCUGAUCCCUGGUUUUGCUGGAAAGGAUAGCAGAACUCAUUCUCGUCCAGUAUUUAACACUUGGCUGUAAGCCAUGAGACACGGGUACUGCCACGGCACCUACAGUAUCAAGUCAGUAUAUCCAAAAUCCAGCACUUUUCCUGGUUGCUGCCUAAAUGCGUGCAGCUGAUGUAGUUCAGAGGCCAGAAUCACACAAAGCUGGUAGGUUUUUUGGCUAAGGGGUUUAAACUACCAUAUCUACUUUUCUCAAAGGAUGGUUAUGCCUAUGAACAAUUCCUGUAAAAAGUGCGUGUCGGGUCCUUCAGAGAUGAUACUACACUGAAAGUAAAUUCUAAUAUCAAAUUCUAAUAUCAAACAAAUAGGUGAGCUGAAUGACAGACUAGAACUUGGAACAACCAAUCCACUACCUUUUCAUAGUAUAAACAAUUAUAACUUAACUGCAGGAUUCAAAUCAGGAUUUUUGUGAUCAUUUUGAAUAGGGUUCAUACAAUUUCAACACCUUUUUCCACAUAAAUCUACAACUCAUAAUUCAGAUUGUUUAAAUAAUGACUUCUAACAAUAGUUUGAAGCAAGAAAUUUAAGUAUUCUGGUCAUUCCUUUUGUUUGUACAUCAUUGAUUUGGAAUAAUAUGACUCAAUUUUUAAUGUGAAAAUAUCUUAAAUAUCCCUCAUAGUUGAUCCGAUUUGUCUAAAUCGGAAUUAAAAGAUUUUUAUUUUUGAUGAAGCAAUAGAGUGUAUUUGUAUUCUGUGCGUGAAUGCUGGUUUAUGAGCAAUGUGAGGUACACAGUACAACAGCUGAAAGAAUUGCUACCCUACUGCUUCAAAAGUCUGAACUUGCCAGAAUGAGUACCCUUUUCAUUGUAAAAAAUUGUUUCAGAUGGCCAGAAGACCAGGGCUAGAUAGCAUACACUGGUACACUAGAUAAUGUAAACACUCUGAAAAUACAGUGAGUAUGAUUGUUUGGGUACAAGCAGUAUUAAGCUGAUUAUUUGAGAUAAGGUAAGUCUAAUGGAUCAUUUGUUUCCCCAAGUGGAGUAUGUAUACUACAGAUGAAGUUUUAAACUAUCUUGAGAUAUGUCAGUAUACUAAUUGGAACUUGGAUCAAAAAUAAAAUUACUACUGCAGCUGAUGUGGUGUUCUUUUA